AUGGGAAGCACUGGAACGGGCGAGUUACCAGGACCUGUAACAGAAAAGCUACAGAUUUCCCUCAAAUUGGAUUCGGAGCAUCCUGUCACGGCUCACGCUCCCCCCAGCAGGUAUUACAUGGCCCUGCUCAUGGGAGACCUGAGAAGCCUCGAGGUCCUGACUGACCGAUACUACCAAGAUGUCAACCUGGUUUUUGAAAUCAGUAAAAAUGAGCUGGAGUGGCAGGUGAAAAGCCAAGCAUCUUAUGGACUCUCAGGGCUGUGGUCGCUGGAGUACAAGCAGGAGUUGACCACCCCGCUGUGCCUCGCAGCCCGCCAAGGCCACACCGCCUGCCUGCGCCAUCUCCUCCGCCGACGGGCUGACCCCAACCUGGCGCCGGGAGGGCAUGGGCCCCUGCAUGAAGCCUGCCUAGGGGGACACGUCGACUGCGUCGAGCUGCUGCUGGAGCACAGGGCUGAUCCCAACUUGCGGAGCGACAAGGGCCUGGCCCCGCUGCACCUCUGCACCACCCAAGACUCCCUGGGAUGUGCCAAGCUCCUGCUGAGAAGUGGGGCCACCGUCAACCUGCCCAGUGAGGACGGGGGGGAGACCGCGCUGCACAUGGCAGCCAGGCACUGCCUCUGUGACCAUGCCCACCUCUACCUGCGGCACGGGGCACACGUUGACGUGCGCAGCGCAUGGGAGGAGACAGCCCUCAGUGUUCUCUGUGGUCAGGCACCGGGUGCUGGCGAGGGCUCUCUGCAACUUGGCCGACUGCUGACUGCCCAUGGCGCCAACAUUGACGCCCGGGAUGAAAUGAGGAGGAGCCCCUUGCACAAAGCAUGCGGGGCUGCCAACGUUGACCUGGCGCGCUUCCUUCUGUCACGCGGGGCAGACGUCAACGCCAUUGACUACAACGGCAUCUCCCCGCUGGGCUGCGCGCUGCAGAGCGCUGUCUUCAAGAGGGAGCUGCGGCCCCACCUCACUGUCCAGCUGCUGCUCAACCAUGGCUCCCAGAAGAUAUGGCCCCCUGCCUUCAUCAAGGUGCUGAAGUCCUGUGCGGCUGUGCCAGAGAUCAUUGAAGUCCUCUUCAAUUCCUACUCGCAAAUCCCUGUCUCUGAGAAGUGGGUGGAGGCCGUGCCAGAGGAGGUGUUUCAGCAACACGAGCUAUUCUAUGAGUCCUUUUUCCGUCUGGCGGGCACAGUCCGGUCCCUGCAACACUUAUGCCGCUCAGCCAUUCGGAAUAAGUUUGGCGGCGAAUGCCAUCGCCUUAUCCCUUUGCUGCCUGUGCCCAAGCCCUUGCACGAUUACCUGCUGCUGGAUCCUGAAGGAGUCGUGCUGUGA